UCGCCGACCUCGUAAGGUGGCAGUACGUGAGAGACGAAGCUUAUUCCGCAAUCGCAUUCGCAAUCUUCGCGCGCGUUGCCGUUCAACGACGAGAGUAAUCACACUCGCACUCGCCCUCGCGAAAGCCGUUGUCCACUAUACGUGUAUACGCGCGCGCCCUCGCGUUACGUUCUGCGUCGUCUUUCUUCCCUCGUUGUGCCCUGUCGUGGAGACCGGAGGAAGUAAUCGGAGUACGAAGACGUCCGCGAGGAGCCAGAAACAAUCAUAAGUGACACAAGUGCGUUAAGCUGGGAGUGCGUUAAUGACCGGAGGAUUCUUUGGCGUUCUCAUUUGUGAUAACGUAACGAGCGGCCACUCGCGGCUGAUAAACGAGAUUGUAAUCCUUAUCACGUGUUCACGUGUGCCGCGGCGAAAAGUUUCCUCGCGGGAUAAUCUCUUUCUCUCUUUCUCUUUCUCUUUUCGUGUCGCGCGCACGGUUGCCGCCCGCCGCGACCUGAUUACGCGCGCCGCGUGCCGUCCCCGUGCGUGCGUGCGUGCGUGCGUGCGUGCCGUGCGUGCGUGCAUGCAUGUCGUACACCACGAGGAGCGCGACGAAAUUUACCCGAUGAACAGUGAAAUGGUUUGUGUCUGGUUGGACUUCGAUGACAAGUGAUAAUUAGCUCCAGCAGCUCCCGUUCCCGGCAAAGGAUUUUUAUCAACAGCUGGGGGAACUGACGACGAAGAAGCAGCGAUCAAGAAGCAAGUAGUAGAUCUGAGGGCGUGUUAUGAAAUUGCUGCCACCAAUUCAGAUAUCGCAGCUACCGCCGGUUUCCGCCGCUGGCGGAAUGGCCGGAAUGGAACCUCGGCUGCCUCCGGGUAUAUCUUUGCCUUUAUGUCCGGACUGGGCACUCUGGAGGGCCCAAUAUGGGCCCUCGAUGGGUUUCCCGCCUACAACGCAUCCACCGCCCAGUUCCCUCUUGGAUUUUAAAACUCAUCUACCAACGAAUUUAGUGUCCGACCCUAGACUGUGGUCGAGGGAGGACGUAGCAGCGUUCCUGCGGUGGGCUGAACGGGAAUUUGACCUGCCACCGUUCGACAUGGACGUGUUCCAGAUGAACGGCAAGGCUCUGUGCUUGCUGACCAAGGCCGAUAUGGGCGAGAGGUGUCCAAGUGCUGGCGACGUGCUGCACAACGUGCUGACAAUGCUGGUGCGUGAUUACAGUCAGCUACAGAGAUGCCUACCCAACAGUCCAGUGACACCGACCAGACCGUCCACAUAUCCGCUGAGUCCACAUUCACAUCCGCCUACACCAUGGACGGAGACGCCACCAUACGCCUCGAAUCUCGCCUCGUUAAUGUCGGCCAACUCAGUGACACUAUCGCCAGCACCGUCUGUCGACAGUCAGUCUGGUUCACCCAGUCACGCGACCGACGCGAAUCAGACGCAAGUCUAUAAGAGCGAUUCGGACGAAGACAACACUCACCAGGUGUCAAGCGGCAAUAGCAGUCCACCAGCUACACCGACCGCUUUGACGGCACAGAGGCUCAGUGAGGUGAGCGUCAAGGACCAACCGAGCCCAACGUUACCGCAUCAGUUGAUGCCGCUGACGCCCGGUACUUUUCGAUCGAUCACGAGAGAGUUCUUCCCUAACGAUUCGUCGGAACCCAACACCAACGGAAGACUGCUCUGGGACUUCCUUCAGCAAUUGCUGAACGACCCCGCGCAACGGUACCAGCAUUACAUCUCGUGGAAAAGUCGAGAAACUGGUGUCUUCAAGAUUGUCGAUCCACCUGGUCUAGCACAACUCUGGGGCAUCCAGAAAAAUCAUCUCUCUAUGAAUUAUGACAAAAUGAGCAGAGCUUUACGUUAUUAUUACCGCGUGAACAUACUUAGAAAAGUACAAGGCGAACGUCAUUGUUAUCAAUUCUUGCGUAAUUCGAUCGAAUUGAAAAACAUCAAGAACAUAUCAUCGCUGCGCCAUCAGAUGCGAAUAAAGUCGGAACCAGAGGAGGAAAGGACUCUUUUCGGAAGUCCCAAGGCGGAACCGGAAAUAGACAUGCCGACGGAUCUCUCAAUGUCCAGCAUGAACCAACUGAGCGAACAGCAGCAGCAACAGCAGCAGCAGCAGCAGCAGCAGCAACAGCCCCUAUCGUUACAUGACCCAAUAUCCAGCAUGAACCAACUGAGCGAACAGCAACAGCAGCCUCUAUCAUUACACGACCCACCUGCCAAGUACAGAAGUCACGCAUACAAUCUCGUUAAAACCAAUCAGGAGCCGGAAGAGAGGAAGUGACGCGGGACCUAGCGAUGGUAGGAACGCAAUGAUUGUGCGUAAUUGCAUCACGGCAGACUGGGAAUCGGCGGCGAAAUGACCUCGACGUAAGAAGGGUUCCACAUCGGUUACUGAGUGAUAUCUGUACAAAGAUAUGCGAAGGUUUUCAAGAUGGGAAAAGAUGGAAUCCAAAGCGUAAUUUAUCGACAAAACUCAGAAAUACGAUGACGAAGAUAAGAUCUAAUCUCAAAAUCAUCCAAUGAUAAUUGUAAAGAGAUAUAUCGAUGAUUAGAGAUUUUAUAAUCAUUAAUAAAUCGUAGAACGCGCGAAAUAUAAAUCGCAGGACAAAACGUGAUAAAAGCUACGAUUUUAGCACAUUAUAAGACUUUUUGAGAAUAAUCGUCAGAAAGAGAGCAUUCAUGUUUAUUCAAUUCGCACAUUGACGCUCUAAAGGUGAGGAAUUCUUUAAAAAUCAAGAAAUUAAAUUUUACGUCCUAUAUAUGUGCUUUGUGUGUUUAUCGAGAAUUCAAAGUUGCAAUUAUAGAAUAACUGCAACUUUGAAUUAUAAGAAUCCUCUCCAUUUCGUCGUUAUAUGUAAGAAUGUGAUAAGAAACACAUAAAGAGAGUGUAUCUCCUCACGGCAAAUCGGAUAACGAUUUGUUCCCUCUCCUCUCCUCCUCAGAUUUGCUUUCAAUGCCGACAAUGAUAGACGCUUCAAUGUGAAGCUGAAUAUUCGCGGAUAUUCCGCUCUAUCCCUUUCCCUGCUUUCUCCUCGUAACGGAGUGAAUUACCCAAACCGAGCAAUUUUCUUUCCACUUUUACAACGACAAGAUGUGUAUGAAACGUACGGUCUUAGGUGCACUUAAGAACAUACAUACGACGAUUCAAUGUACAAAGAAUGCCAGAAGGAAAACUGUUACCAGGUCUUUCUUUUAUUAUGCGUUUC